AUGGCAAAGAAGGACAAGAAGGCAGCUGCCGAGCAACCAGAGGCAACAGAAGAAGCUACUGCUGUCGUUGAUACUGAUGCAAUGGAGGUCGACUCGCCAAAACCUGCCAAAAAAUCUAAAAGAAAAUCCUCAACCACUGGAGGAGCUAAUGGAGAUGAUGAAGAAGCAAAUGAAGACGGCAAAGCAUCACAUACUUAUGAAUCGAGAUUGACUGCUCUCAGUCCAAUUGCUCACCCUCUUGCAGGCAAAAAAUUGACUAAAAAAGUGCUGAAAACAGUCAGGAAGGCUGCCAAAGGAAAGAGUAUUAAACGAGGUGUGAAGGAAGUCGUCAAAGGUUUGAGGAAAGGUCAUAAAGGUGUCGUCAUCAUCGCUGGAGACAUCUCACCCAUAGACGUUAUCACACACAUUCCGAUAUUAUGUGAAGAAAACAAUGUGCCAUACGUCUAUGUACCUUCAAAAGAAGAUCUUGGAUUUGCUGGAGUCACCAAACGACCAACAUCUUGUGUGAUGAUACAGUGCAAAGAAGACUUUAAGGCACUCUAUGAUGAGAUAAAUACUGAAGUCGGAGAAAUGAACGCAACACUCAUCACCGCCGUAUAG